AUGUCUUCCAGGACGCAACAGCGAUCGUACGCUGCCUUUUUUGAAGACUUCGAUGAAGAUACCAACGACGUUAUCCCAGAGAGUAAGACAGUUGCCAACGUUGCUGCCAAACGGUCAUCACCAAAGUCUGAUAUUCGACCGCUGGCGACAAGCACUGACGGUGCGAGCGACUCCGGUUACUCGAGUCGGACCGCAGCUACUCUUGGCAGCGCCGAGUUACUGAAGAAGAGUCCUGUUUUAGCCCGGUUGGAUACAGCCAUUGUCAAUCGUGAUCUCGAGCGAGUAAGAGGCCGUGUCAUCAAUGAUAGACACAAGAAACAAGCAAAAGGUAAGGUUGGAGAGAAGGAGAGGGUAGAGGAGAGGGUAGAGGAGAGGGUAGAAGAGAGGGAGAAGGAGAAGGAAAAGGAGAUGGUAAAGGAGAGGGAAAAGGAGAUGGCAAAGGAGAGAGAAAAGCAGGAAGACUCGAGGGAAUCCAGCUCUUCACCCUCCACCGCUGCGACAAUGCACCCAAGUCAGCAUAGAAGUUCCAGCAGACCAGCCCCCAAGCAGCCCUCGUCCAAGGCCAAAAAACGGGGGAUGUCUUAUGGACACUAUGCUCCCGACACGUGCCCUGGCUGUGAUCUUAUGGGUUACAGCACUGUGAAUAUGGGCCACCCUCCCUAUCAUCAUACCAUGGAUUACUCUUACUAUGGUUAUGAUGUUCCUGCAUUCCCUCGUCCAUACCACUACCCGGCGAUUGUUACUCAGGAGGCUGCAUCAUCUCACCCCAACGGGUCGAACUCUUUCCACCAAAAUCGACCCGUCAGCUUCCACUCGGGGGCUAUGGGAGACAUGAGCAUGUAUAUGCAAAUGCCUCCCCCCCCAAGUUACGAACAUGGCCCACCCAUCUCAACGUCUGCAUAUGCACACUAUAUGCAGCCGUACAUUCCCCACGGGUCUGUCAUACCCGUACAACAUUCUUCCCAGAUGCCAUAUGAUUCUGGGCCACAUCCUAUCUUCGAACGUCCUCGGGGAUCCUCCACCUCCCGUUCUCCCGAAACACAACCAUCUGCCAGAAGGGGCUCAAUGUAUGGAACCCCGGCAGUGGAAUACCCUCCUUCCCCCUCACAUAAAAGUGACCCGCUACAACGGAGACCUUCUGCGCGAGAAGCUCGUGCACGUCGUCAGUCUCAAUCCUUUGACACCGCCGAAGACUUCUACCGCACGACACAACCCCAGGUCCCCAAAAACAAGCCACCCCCACAGGUAAUAAUCUCCCCCCGUCGUCCGCCCGCCCGUAAAGAAACUACAACAGCUUCCACCCCAUUCACCGCCAGACGUCCGGAGGCAUUCGACCUCAAAGACCUCCGUGCCUCCCUCCCACAACCACAGCCAGGCCGUAAAAUGCCCCGAGAUCCAAUCCUCCCCGAAUACCACCCACCCAGCAGCCCAGGAAAAAACCGCGUCUGCACCGGCUCCUACAACGAUAAUAGCCACGUCAGCGCCCCGACACGCAUCUCUGUCGAAAACAGCCGCCGCCGCCGCCGCCGCUCCUCUGUCUACGGCCUCGAGCAGCAAUCACAGGCUAAGGACAUCCUCGACCAGAAACAGCGCGAGGCGGAAGAAUAUCAAUCAUCCCGUUCCUCCCGCGCGAUGCCCGUAUCACUAGACACUCUUGUAAGAUCACGCCGCACUAACCUCGCGGACAGCGAUAGUGGCAGCCUGCGCACGCCAACAGAUAGAAGUCGCGGCAGUGAUGCUAAGAUCAAGAGUGGCCUGGGGGUUAGAACUUCCACCAGCGCCAGGGCUAGUCGGCAAGAGGAUGACGGUAUGACGGUGAUGUUUGGAGGGCUGACGAUCGGGUUGUCGAAGGAAAACAUGGAUGGACGGAUCAAUGUGCGUUCUGGCGAGGAGGGGGCGUUUUGA